GCACACGCUUUUGCUCCUAAACUGCGAUAUCAUUUGGAAUUUUCCAGUUUCAAUCGACCAAUCAUCAAUCAAAUCCCCAAACAAAAUCCUUCAAAAAAAAAAAAAAGAAGAAGAAGAAGAAGAGAAGAAAUCAUUCGAAUUGCGACUCCCACGCUACCAGAAAUCGUUGUACGAUCGCAACAAAUUGAAUACUAUUUCGUGAUUUCCACUGAAUCAUCAUAAUGUCGUUCUCGUUCUUCAAGCAAUCGAGGCCUAAGACACCACAGGAAUUGGCGAAGGCGAUAAAGGAUAGUCUUAUGGCGAUCGAUUCCAUUACUGCAGCUGAAGUCAAAUCACUAGAAAAGGGUAUGGAAGAAGUUGAGAAGAAUAUAAUGACAAUGAGAACUAUGUUAUCUGGUGACGGUGAAGUAGAACCAAGUGCUGAUCAAAUUACUCAGUUGGCAUUUGAAAUUUGUAAUGAAGAUGCUAUUUCUCUUCUUUUUCACAAGUUACCUAUUUUGGGAUGGGAAGCUAGGAAAAAUUUAGUGCAUUGUUGGUCUAUAUUGCUAAAGCAAAAGGUAGAUUCCAUAAAUUGCUGUGAACAGUACAUGGAGAAACAUCUAGAGUUGCUUGACUUCCUUGUUGUUAGCUAUGAUAACAAGGAAAUUGCUCUGACUUGUGGACACAUGCUGAGGGAGUGCAUCAAAUUUCCCACUCUUUCAAAAUACAUACUGGAGUCUCCCUGCUUUGAGUUGUUCUUCAAAUUCGUUGAGCUACCUACUUUUGAUGUUGCCUCUGAUGCCUUCUCCACAUUUAAGGAUCUGCUAACUAAACAUCCAACUGCAGUUUCUGAAUACCUGACUACCCACUACAACGAGUUCUUUGAGCUAUAUGAAAAGUUAUUGACAUCUGCUAACUAUGUGACCAGAAGGCAAUCUUUGAAGCUCAUGUCGGAAUUUCUUCUGGAAUCUCCGAGUACCCAUAUAAUGAAACGCUACAUUGGUGAGGUUCGUCACUUAAAAGUCAUGAUGACAUUACUGAAGGAUUCCAGCAAAAAUAUCCAACUAUCUGCUUUUCAUAUAUUCAAGGUAUUUGUGGCUAACCCAAACAAACCUCGGGACAUAAAACUUAUCCUGGCGAAAAACCAUGAAAAGCUUUUAGCACUGCUCCAAAGUCUGUCUCCUGGCAAAGGUGCUGAAGAUGAUCAGUUUGAAGAGGAAAAGGAACUCAUAAUCAAGGAAAUAGAGAGAGUGCAUCGGCUUACAGAAAUCCAAUCUUAGACUCCACGUUUUCAAGCUAGCAUCCCCUAAAACAUAUGUAAAGUGAAUCAUCACGGAGUAGAGGAUUUACGAACAAAUAGAGAACUGAUGAAACUCAGAACCCUAAUAUAUUUAUUAGAGCGCUCUUCGUGUAGAAACCAAAGAGGCGUCAGAUGCUGUGCGACUGUCCAAAGAGACAUCUUUUACCUUACUUCCAUUUUUAACCUUCUGGGGGUUGGAAUUGAAAUCAGUGACCUGUAGCUAAGUUUGUUGUAUCAUAAGCAUUUGCAAGUUGGACCUGCUUUACUGAUUUUGUCCAUAUUUUUGCAUAUUCAUUUUUCUUUCUUUUUUUUCCUUUUGUUUUUGGUUUUGGUUUGCUUUGUAAUACGAGGAGUGAAUGCAAAAUGGCCAAAGUUAUUGAAGAAAUUUGUGAGCAAUUUGCCUUUUGAUCAAAGGUGCAUAUUGAAUCACAUUUUCUUUUGUUCCA